AUGCCUUCACUCGUUCCUCUGGACAGUCUGCUAGGUGCCGCUUAUGUUGGAGUUAUUGUAUCCACCGUAAUAUAUGGCGUCACUUGUCUGCAAGUGUACUUGUACUACACAGAGCAUUGCAGCAAUGACGGUCGCUUCGUGAAAGCCUUCUGGAUGCCAUCUUUUGCUAGGUUACUUGACACCCUCCACGUCGUACUGUUGGCGCACUUUCUCUACCACUAUACCAUCACUAACUUCGGGGACUACGCGGCUCUUGUCCCUAAUAUGUGGUAUGUGCUUUGCUUGCAGGUUGAGGUUGUGAUAGGGGAUUUAUUGAGCACUUUGGUCCAAUUCUUCUUCGCGUAUCGCGUCUACUGUCGUACGUCAACCUUUGCAUGCCUUACGUUCACAACAGAACUGUGUGUGUGA